ACUCGAAGCCGAAAAAGCCAAUCUGGUUAUAAUUUUGAACAUGUUGUACAAUCCUUAAGCAGAUUUCAACUUUCUCCAUUACACAGUUUACACACACGUUGGCCGCUACGCCAAGUUGCUGUAAAUACAGAGUCUGUAUUACUGCAGUAACCAUCGAUAUUCGAACAUGCGCCCUUCCUCAAAUAUUUUUGUCGUCUUCGUCGCCGUAACCGGUGCAUUGGCGGCCAUGGCGUCCGGCGAAUGUACGAUAGCCCACGUGCGGGGUAUUGCAGAGUGCACGUUUCCAUUGGUACAAUGGUCCUUCUCCAUUAAUCACGGACAGCCACUGGCGGAUGUUGCGUUGAUUACGGACAGUCAGCUCGCCUCCCUGUGCCAAAUCGCACGGGGCGUUGUCAGAUGUGUUAAGGAAACAUCACAACCCUGCACGGAAGGAGCUAUGGCUAGCUUGCACGAAGCGAUGACCACUGGCGCACCACUACUGGAGAAUGCAUGUGCUCGGCCUGACUUCGGCAAUAAUGUACGCACUCUGCUUCGCUGCGUCAAAAAGCUGAACCAGACAGCAGGAACCAAGACGCUGCCGUGUGCCUAUAAAGCCGCAAAUCGGAUAAUGACGAAUAUGGAAAACGAUGACGUCAGCAAAGGUUUCUGCUGUAAUGCUAAGGAAUAUGAGGUAUGCAGCGGGAGCGAAUUGGCUGAUAACUGUGACCAAGAAGCAGAGGAAAUAUUCGGCAACAUCCGAGACAAGCUCUUUAAGGCCUUUCAGUGCAACGGCCCCCGCGGUGCGAAUUGUCAGGCUUGGACGCCAGGAUUACCCAGUGGACGCCUAGACUGGGAUGUGACAUCGCUUCUGAUUGAUGAGGAAACUAGGGCGUUGAUGACCAAGAAAGGAUUCUAAUGAUAAACUGUCGCCCCUCCAUAUAAAACGGCUGUUUUUAAUGCAAGCAACAUGCAGCUUACUUCUUUUGACUUUUCUAUUCUGAUUUCCGCAGGUAGACUUAGGUCGCUGUAAAUUUAAUAUUUACAUGUUAAUGAUCCCGCUUUUGCAGCGAAUAAACUGAGUUGUCAAUUUACUGAAUAAGAACGUGCACUAGUACUUCUAU